AUGGAUCUCGAUCUUUUUGAACCAAACAACACAGCCGUUGGGGAAGGCAGCCAAGAGGAAAUUCAUCUGAUUGUAUCCUUCGCGAGCCUGUUGAGUGGCCGAGGAUUAUCCGACUGCCAGAAUGCUGAAGACCCUUCGUGUACGAGUGGAGUUGCCACUUUGGCUGCAUGGUCACGACAAUAUGCAUACGAAUACAAUGCCUCAGCUACGAUAAUUGCUCCCAGAUUCGACUACUCUCAUCCCUUUACACAACAGCAUCCUCUAGGGUGGGAUGUCAACCGCCUUGUCUUUCAAGAACUUUUAGGUUGGAAACUGUUUUUGGCACGAUUGUGGUUUUUGGAGAGCGACGACUCUGGAAGAAACGUCGAAGGACUGCAAUCAAAAGAACUUCCAUUAUUGAUUUCCAACGCAAUUGCCAGUCCUGCCGAUCCCUGGUCACGUUAUGUACAACAGAUUCACUUUGACGAAGAGAGUUCAGUGGCAUUGAUGCAUAUUUCUGAAGAUGCUAGCACUGUGGAACUUAGCGCUGGGAUUUUGAGCACGUGCAAAAACCUACUGGAUUACAUUCACCGAGUCAACCAACAGUCUGGCUGUAUUUCAAACACAAGCCCCUAUGACAGCUAUGUCAACCGAACCUACAAUACUUCGACGGACUCAAGAUGUUGGAUCCCUGUGAUUUUGUCUGACUUGACUGUGUACCGCGAAACGCUACUCGACGAGCUCUUGACGCAUGAACAUCCACCAGCUCUCUUUGUGGACUACAAUGGGAUUGAAGUUACUCUGAAUAGUGGAGAGCCAGUGAAACUCACCAAUGGAGACUCGAGCAUGUGGGCAUUGAGUUAUCGCUCUGGCUCUAGAUUGUUCCCCCUGAUCCGACUGACGAAAGAAAAUGGAAAGCCAGCAUUUAACAAUGUUAUGUAUGAACCCCAGGACUUGAGAGACUUCCCUGAAAGUGCAAAGGACGCAAGCUAUGCUAGUGACAUUGGACAACUUCGUGUUUGGGCCGACGCAGCGUCAGCUAACGAUCCAGUCGUAGGUCAAUCGACAGAGUUUCCCGAAGCAAAGACUAGCGAUCGUCUCUUUGUGCGAUGCGAAGCGGGAGAAUGUGAACAUGGUAAUCUCUUUACAGAUGCCAUGCGAUGGGCAACAGAUGCUGACUUUGCCUUUGAAAACGGCGGUGCCUACAAUGGACCUGGAUGGCCAGCUGGUGAUGUAAGAGUAUCCCUUCUAUGGGAGACAAUUCCUUUUGCGAAUAAUGUUUGCGAAGGCUACAUGUCUGGCCUCAAUCUCUGGAAGUUGACAAACCACUCUGUGUCUGCCGGAACAUUCUCCUUUGCAAACACUGCGGAAGGAGGAAACGUGAUACAAGUAUCUGGCUUACGAGUAACCUACAAUACACUAUUGGAUCCAGCCAUCGGAAGGUUGGUGGAUCUGAAAAUCUGGAAUGCUACUCAAGACGCUUUCGUCCCAAUCGAACGAUUGAAGAUCUACAAGUUCGCAACGAACAGUUACAACUGCUGUUGCAAUGACCCUUUCAAUGAGAUGCUUACCACGAAUUUAAACAUUCCUGGAGAAGUUCCGGGCUACGACCUUCCCUACUUGGAACAACAAGCUACUGCCGAUUACCUGUCAAAUUUGAAUGAAACCUAUGUGGCAAGGUUGGAAGGACGGCUGUUCAAUGACACGGCUAAUUUCUCGAAUCUGGAUCUUUCGCAAAGUGAAGACGAUUGUUCACAGGGAGUUCAGUAUUGGUCUCCAUCGUACCAAACUUGCUUUGAUUGCCCUAACAUUGAUAACAUCGUUAUGAUCCGGGAAAGUAGCGAUGCUCUUGUCGGUGUGAGUGGACAAAUGGACGAGGUACUUUUCCGCACUACCUUCAUCAAUGAAGAAGAUUUUGGAUUAUCCCUCAACAUCGAGUCCAUACCUGCGUUCCUAUCGUGCUCGUCUCAAAACGGACUAACUCCGGAGCUGGUACGAUUCUGCGGCGGUACCGACCCGUACAUAGUACCAGCAGGCGGACAAUUGAACCUUGAAUUGGCUGCAAACUUUGGUGCCCUACAACCUGGUGUUGUAAAAGCUGUAGUCAUCGUUGAUGUUUCUGAUGGCGGGGACUUUCCAGGGUGCCGUGGAAGCGGUAUGCAUGUUGAUGUAGAAUUGCAAGUGCUGCCCACCGAAGCGCUGAACCAGUUGGGAAAUAUUCGCAUCGUUGGUUUCUGUUUGGCAGGUUUUAUCUUGUGCGGUGCCGUUGGAUUUGGUUUGUGGUGUCUGAUCAAUCGCCAAAAGCAUUCAGUGAAGCUGAUGCAACCGCUUUUUUUGGUUACACUUUGUUGUGGUAUCUUUGUGAUGGGGUCCGCUUUGAUCCCCAUGAGUUUGGACGAUGAAAUCGUAUCAAAGGAGAGUGCAAGUACAGCUUGCAUGGCGGGCACGUGGCUCUUGAGUCUCGGUUUCUCUAUCUCCUUCGCAGCCUUAUAUGCCAAGCUAAAGCGUGUGAAUACAAUUGUGACCAACGCUGUCAACUUCCGUCGGAUCAAGGUCCGGGAGCGCGAUGUGCUUGGCCCAAUGGCUCUCUUGGUUGUUUCCAACUUUAUUGUGCUCAUGACCUGGAGCUUUGUGGAUCCCUUGCGAUUUGAGCGUGACUCUGUCAUCGGGCAACCAUGGAAUACUUACGGUCUGUGCCGCACUAAUGAUACAGAAGGCGUCGUCCUCAUGUCACUGCUGCUUUUCAUCAACUUCAUUGCACUAGCGACUGCCUCUUGGGAGGCCUACAAGGCCCGCAAUGUUUCGAAGGAACUGAGCGAAGCAUCAAGGAUUGGCAUGGCAAUCUUCAGUUGGGCGCAAAUCGCGUUGAUCGGCUUCCCAGUCCUUUUUUUGCUGGAUCCUACGAACACAGUCAUCAACUACUUCAUGAGACUAUGCAUUGUUUUCUUUUCUUCCAUGUCGUUGCUACUCUGGAUUUUUGUUCCAUUGGUAUGGAAGAAUGAAAAUGCGGGAGGAAUGUCUGCCUCGACGAGAACACCAGCGAUAGCUCAAAGUCAAAGACGGAACGAUUCGACGAUCAUGUCUUUGAGCAAUAGCGGCAGAACAAACCACAAGGCCUAUACCAUGACUGGAAUGCGGAACGUGGACGGCGAUUUAGAAGAGAAAGAGGAGUCUUCGAGGUUGAAUUCCUCCAUUUUCCCCAACACCAGCAAUAGAUAG